AUGGCGUCUGCCGGCCCCGCCCCGCGCCCGCCCUUGGAGGCCCUGAAACUUAUGAAUGAAGUUCAAGAACGUCUGGAAGAGGAGGAAAGGCUGUGCCCAGUGUCUUUGACAGACUCCUGGGACAAAUGCAAGUCUUGCCUGGAAAAUAAUGAAAAAGAUCUCCCCGUCAGUGAGAAGUUCAUUGAAGAAGAUGCACAACUGACCCAGAUGGAGAACGUAUUCAGCCAAUUAACUGUGGACGUGAGAUUUCUCUAUAACCGGAGUUUAAACGUCUUCAAGCAGAUGCAGCAAGAAUUUGACCAGGCUUUUCAAUCAUAUUUCAUGUCAGAUACAGAUUUAAUUGAGCCUUACUUUUUUCCAGCCUUAUCCCGAGAGCCCAUGAAAAAACCAGAUCUUGUGCAGAGUGCAGACAUUCCCAGCUUCUUCCAGCUGUUGUGUAAUUCCAGUCUCUCCUUUUAUCAAAGUGUCAGUGCAACAAUUACCGAGACACUGAAUGCAAGAGAAGAUUUACCAAAACAAGACAAAGGAACACAAUGUACCACAUGUAAAAAUGACUGCGCACUUAAGUUUCCUAUCAUUUUAUCAUACACUUUGUGUGCCUCGCUAACAAUCACAGUAACCAUUUUGGGAUACAAAGAAAAAAUGGACAAUGUCACAGGUGGCAUGGAGACAUCUCACCAAACCUAUGACGACAAGCUCACAGCAGUAGAAAGUGACCUGAAAAAAUUAGGGGACCAAACUAAGAAGAAAGCUAUAAGCACUAACUCAGAGCUCUCCACCUUCAGAUCAGACAUUCUGGAUCUUCGACAGCAACUUCGUGAGAUCACAGAAAAGACCAGCAAGAACAAAGAUACGCUGGAGAAGUUACAGGCGAGUGGAGAUGUACUGGUGGACAGGCAGAGUCAACUGAAAGAAACUUUGGAGAACAACACUCUCCUCAUCACCACUGUAAACAAGACCCUGCAGGCAUAUAAUGGCUAUGUCACAAAUCUACAGCAAGAUACCAGCGUGCUGCAGGGCAACCUGCAGAGCCAAAUGUAUUCUCAUAAUGUGGUCAUUAUGAACCUCAACAACCUGAACCUGACCCAGGCGCAGCAGAGGAACCUCAUCACUACUCUGCAGCGGUCUGUGGAUGACACAAGCCAGGCUAUCCAGCGAAUCAAGAACGACUUCCAAAAUCUGCAGCAGGUUUUCCUUCAAGCCAAGAAGGACACUGAUUGGCUGAAGGAGAAAGUGCAGAGCUUGCAGACGCUGGCUGCCAAUAACUCUGCCUUGGCCAAAGCCAACAACGACACCCUGGAGGAUAUGAACAGCCAGCUCAACUCAUUCACAGGUCAGAUGGACAACAUCACCACGGCCUCACAAGCCAACGAGCAGAACCUGAAAGACCUGCAAGACGUACACAAGGAUGUGGAGUACAGAAUGGCCAUCAAGUUUAGCCAGCUGGAGGAACGCUUCCAGCUCUUUGAGACGGAUAUUGUGAACAGCAUUAGCAACAUCAGUUACACAGCCCACCACCUUCGGACGCUGACCAGCAAUCUAAAUGAAGUCAGGACCACUUGCACAGAUACGCUGACCAAAUACACGGAUGAUCUGACCUCCUUGAAUAAUACACUGGCCAACAUCCGUUUGGAUUCUCUUUCUCUCAGGGUGCAACAGGAUAUGAUGAGGUUGAGGUUAGACACAUGUCUGUGGACAGAGAGCUUUUGUGGCUUUCCAGAAGCCUGA